GCGCGAGAUUGACCGAGAUCACGUGAUCGAAUUUUCUAGACUGAAAUCAGUCGCAAUGGUGUCGCGCUGGUGUGUAGGUGAGUCGCGGCGCUCGUCCUCGCCUUGUUCGCGCCCUUUUACUCGUCCCGGUCGAAAUCCGUGUAUAAACAAGUGUCGGAAGCGUCGAAUCUAGUGACGGAUGAUCGUCUUGGCGUAUCAGUCGAUCCUCGCGAGUACGAUUUACGCGUCCUUUCGGAACUCGAAAUUCGGUAUCGGCUCUCGGUUGAGCGACGCCCUUGGACAAAGAGUAUACGGGAGAUUACGCGACAUUCGCAAUAUUCGCUCAUCCGACGAGUGCUCCGAACAUUCAUCCGGCAUCGGAGACAUCGAGCGAGCAUCGAGGAGAAUCAUCGCGACGAUAUCGUAAUCAUGAUGGAUAAUCGUCCGCGAUAUUCGCAUUAAUUCGCUUCGCCAUUAAGGAUGACGUCACACGUCUCCUUUUCGAAGAACACUCGCGCCUCGCGCCCUUUUACUCGUCCCGGCCGAAAUCCGUGUACGAGCGAGUAUCGGGAGUGCCGAAUCUAAUGUCAGUGACCGUAUCUCGGUAUAUCAAUUUGUCUCUAAAUAUCGCGAUUCGCGCGUCCUAGGAACACAGUGCCCGAAAUCUCAGUGCUCGGCGUUUCGUUGUGCGGUGACCUUGAACAAUGCUGUCUCUAAAGAUUGAGUAUUUCGCGAAAUUCGUUCGUCCAGCACAUAUCGAGGAACAUCAGUCGUCUUCCUCGCUAAUACGACAGGCCUCAUCGGCUUUUAAGAGAGUGACUUGUCCUGAACCAUAUUUUCUUAGCGAGGGUUUAUACGCAACACCAGAGGAACUUGAAAAUACUCGCGAGGUAACUCUGCAUGUGAUGACCAUCGGAAUUUUCAUCGAAGAUUCGACAAAGAAAGAUGACUUUACAGCCGUCAGCUCGAUAUUACGUCAAUAUUUACCCGAAAAGGAUACUCCAUAUAUCUUGGACAUCGACCUCGACUUCUUCAGUACUAAAAACCCCUUCAAAAAUCUUCACGAACGCGUAAACCUCUACGAUAAGUUGGCUCCGCUGUUUACAUAUCAGAGAGCAGAAUCAAAUGAUCCUGAGAUUCUAAAAGACUCCAUGACAGAAAGGAAUCAGCAGCUCUCUGAAUUGAAGAAUCUUUUCGGCCAUUUAGAAGAACAUCGUUCUUUAAAAGGUUACGAUGGCCCGAAGACAUCACGAUACGAAGCUGUGGAUCAUCUUUUUCAAGAAAUAACGAGCGCCUAUAGGGACUCGGAGAUCGAUUGGAUGCUAGUGUACAAUGCAGGUUGCACUAUAGAUGAUACAAUUCUACCCGAGCACGUGACAGAACCAAACGAUCUCGAUCGCUUGAUUAAUGGAAUAUUCAGACAAUUUUUGACAGCUCUUCCCACACCUCCAACAAUUGUCACCAUAGCCAGAUCUAGCGAGGACGAUUAUACUCCUCUCGAAAACGUCGAUCAAAUUCAAGUUGACGUUCUCGAUCAACUCCGCGAACGACUGGGAUCGGAAGUAGAUGUUAAAUUGGUUUAUCAACAAAACGAAGAGCAAGAAUUCGAAGAGAAACAUAUGCCGAGAAUCCGAAAAGAGAGGUAGGCGUCGCGCGACGCCUUGGAUCGAUCGGAGUGCGCGCUCAACUCCAGACCAACAUGGACCCGGAUUUACGGGGCUGAAUUGAGUAGAAAAAACGAGAACACGAAAGGAACAAAACUGUCUGGAGUGGCGCAGGCAGGUCGACUGAAAAGCGCAAGAUGAGCUAUCGCGAUGUCUCAAGAAUUCAAUGGCGUUACUCUGUUCGGCAAACAAAAAACAGGAUGCUCUUUUUCGAAACUGUACAACUUAUUGGAUCCUAAAAUAUUUUGCACACAACUACUCAUUAAAUCAUAAAUUAUUUGACGAAAAAGGGAGAAGAGAAAAGAUGCUAUUGUAUGGAGAUUUAGAUUAAAAUGCCAAACUAAAUGUCAGCAGUGACUUUCGGGGGUUUCAAUGCUUGCGGUAUAUGAAAUAGGCCAACUGAAACAGGUAACCGAAAGCGUUUUCAGCAACAGGUAUUGAUACCCUAUUAUCCUCGCGCCAUCGAUUCGAUUGGACCCGACCCUCACGUGGCAGGUACGUGACACGCGCUCAGGUAAAAAUCACUGCAGGUAGACAUCGAUUACCGUGAUUGUAGUGUCACACUUGAAAUGUCAACAAUCAGUAACUUUAGAACGUCCUUUCUUAGGCCUUAACAUCCUUAGAGGGCCGAAGGUAUAAAGAUUAUUGCUCUAUAUGUAUUUAUAAAUUUCAUUUGCGAAAGGGAAAAUAUAAAUUUCACUAUUUAAAACUUAAUAUAAUUGCAAUUGUAAUAUUGUAAAAAAAUGAUUAUA